GAUAUGGAGCUACUGUCGCCACCGCUCCGUGACGUAGACUUGACGGGCCCCGACGGCUCUCUCUGCUCCUUUGCCACAGCGGACGACUUCUAUGACGACCCAUGUUUCGACUCCCCGGAUCUACGCUUCUUCGAGGACCUGGACCCGCGCCUGGUGCACGUGGGCGCACUCCUGAAGCCGGAGGAGCACUCGCACUUCCCGGCCGCGGUGCACCCGGCCUCCGGCGCGCGCGAGGACGAGCAUGUGCGCGCACCCAGCGGGCACCACCAGGCGGGCCGCUGCCUACUGUGGGCCUGCAAGGCGUGCAAGCGCAAGACCACCAACGCCGACCGCCGGAAGGCGGCCACCAUGCGCGAGCGGCGCCGCCUGAGCAAAGUGAAUGAGGCCUUUGAGACGCUCAAGCGCUGCACGUCCAGCAACCCAAACCAGCGACUGCCCAAAGUGGAGAUCCUGCGCAACGCCAUCCGCUACAUCGAGGGCCUGCAGGCUCUGCUGCGCGACCAGGACGCCGCGCCCCCUGGCGCCGCCGCCGCCUUCUACGCGCCCGGCCCGCUGCCCCCGGGUCGCGGCGGCGAGCACUACAGCGGCGACUCGGACGCGUCCAGCCCGCGCUCCAACUGCUCCGACGGCAUGCUCUAUGCAGACGCAGAGCCCAGGCCCGGGAAGAGCGCGGCCGUGUCGAGUCUCGACUGCCUGUCCAGCAUCGUGGAGCGCAUCUCCACCGACAGCCCCGCGGCGCCCACGCACCUGCUGGCAGACGCGCCGCCGGAGUCCCCUCCGCGCCCACCAGAGGCCACCGCCCCGAGCGAGGGCGAGCCCGGCGUCCCCACCCCGUCCCCGGACGCCGCCCAGCAGUGUCCGGCGGGCGCGAACCCCAACCCAAUCUACCAGGUGCUCUGA